UUCUUAAAAGUUUCAUUCGGAAUUUUUUUGAUGUAUUAAUCAAUGGAAUUGAAAUAAAAUGCCAAACCGCAGCGGAUUAAAUCUACCUACAAAAAUGAUUGCAAAUUCUAAAUGGAUCUUAAUGAUGAUUGUUUUAAUAAUUAUCAUUACCAUAAUUAUUAUUCAUCAAAGUCGAAAAAAAAUGGCUAUUCUUCCAAGUGAUGAACAUUAUGUGAUGAAAGAUGUUUAUGACUAUGUUUAUCAACGCUGGUAUAAUUUUUCAAAAGGUGAUAAGUGGUAUAACAAGUACAAUUUGUCUAUGUUUGACCUUCUUUUGAUUAAUGAAAUUCGUGAUAAUUGGAUUAUCGGACCAGUGAAUAUUAAUAAUACUAGUAUACCAAUUUCUAAUGAUAGUUAUGUUUAUGAAUAUUUGAAGCUGAUGAAUCCAGAAAUCGAGGAUCCUUCAAUGGGUCAAUCACAAGCUAUCAAAGAAUAUUUUAAUAACAAAAUGAAUGGUUUUUUCAUAGAAUGUGGUGCUUACGACGGCGAAACACGGAGCAAUACUUUAAACCUCGAAAGAUUCUACAAUUGGACUGGAAUCUUAAUUGAAGCGGAUCCAGAGAACUUUAGUUUAAUGCUACAAAAAAAUAGAAGAGCGUAUCUUUCGCCCACUUGCCUCAGUAUUAAAUCUCGUCCAAUGAACACGUCUUUUUUGAUGGCUAAAAAUAUUGGACGUAUUCAUAUCCCGCAUGGUUCUGAAUCUAAUGAAUUGGAAAAUAGUCCAGAUAUUGCGCACAAAGGGACCCAUGUUGAUGUACAAUGCUUUCCUUUAGCGUCUUACAUAAAAGCAGUUAAUGUCAAAACUGUAGAUUAUUUAAGCCUUGAUGUAGAAGGGAAUGAAAUGGAAAUUCUGGAAACAAUUCCGUUUGAUAAAGUUGAUAUCAAGGCACUUUCUGUUGAGUACACCCAUGUGAGUAAGGGUCGUCAGUAUAUGAUAGACUUUAUGGAUCGUUAUGGCUACUACGUUUACACAUUUGUAAAUAAACCUGAUAAUUUAGCUAAUGAUAUAAUAUUUGUUAAGCGAUCAUAUAUAUAAUAGUAAUAAAUUUUUGUUCGUCAGAAAAAAUCAAAGAAUAAUAAAUAGAUAUUAAUAAACAUCUAUCAACUCUU